AUGUCGACCUGGGUUUAUCCUCCUAUCCCUCCUGACGAGCUUCGAAAAGCCGAGGAUGAAUCCUUGAAACUUGAGCUGCAGUGGCUACUUCAGACUUUACAGGAGUCACUGGGCGCAUUGAAGGAAGGCCUUGAGGAAUGUGCUGCAUUGCUCGCGUCGAAGGAGCCCGGCUCGACGUUGGUUCUCUCCUCCCUCAGGUCAGAGAGCGUCAAAGGCUUCGUGACAAGGGUCGGCACGAAGCUCGUCAAAGGAGAUAUUCACCUCCGCCUGACGACGCUGCCGCCAAACACACCCAGAGGCACGACCACGUCUACGCCGUCUACGAGGCUAAUCUUCCACUCGUCGUCCUCGUCUGCCGACAUUAUACUUCCGCAACUUCAAGCUGUCAGGUCACUGGUUAAUGACUCGCUGGAUAUCAUCGACGUCUCAAGGUGGACCGGCCAGUCCACGGACUCCUCCUUCAUCUCAGGCCAGCUAAAGCUUCUCCACGAUCAGCUUCGCGAAGCCAAAGCUUGCUUGAAAGGUCCUGUGCCAGGCAUUAAUCUUAGCUCAAUUCCCGGAGCAGAGUGGUGGACAAACAGUCCCGAUGAGAACGUCUUUCAGCCGCCACUAAGUGAACUUGUCAGUUUGCACUUCACCAUUCAAGAUGCCAACCUUGUCCUCACUGUGCGAACAUUGGCGCCAACUUCACCCGGCGGAACUCCCAGCACCCCUACAGAGGGAGCUUUUUCUCUGUCUGGACUGAACCUGAGAACGAGAUUACUGGGCCUCGGCCCCAAACCUCCCAAUCACGAUGAAAUGGGUGAAAUCUAUGAAUGGCGGGGACGGCAAGAUGUCACUGUGCGCGAGAAGGUACGAGUCGAGUCCGGAGAUCCCAGUCUGAUGAGCAUUGCGGCAAAAAUCAGUGCACUUGAACACGACGUUGCGCGCUGGAGGAUGAAUCUCCGGAUCAUUCUCACCGGCAGCACCGAGGAGGAUUGA